AUGCAUUGCGUAAGCUCCAGAACGUACCACCGCACUCAGCCGCGCUCCGUCGAAGCCCCAACCUCAGGAGCCGAGCAGAAGCGGCCUCUGAUGCAGCCCUUGGCCAAACCACACGGCAUGACCUCAGCUCAAGUGGUUCGCUGGCUACGGUGCUUCCUGGCAAGCCUCUGGCACGCAGUCCUCGACGUCCUCCUCCAGCGGCGCCCUUUUCACCCCUCCGGCGCCCAAGGCCUCGCCCUCGGCCCUGCCCUACCCGCUGCCCCAUGGCGAUUCCGGCGCGCUCAAGGGCGGCGUCAGGUCCCAGGAAGCGAGAGUCGAAGGCGCGCCGCGUGCUCCGCCGAUCGGCUCGAAGGCGGUCGAGUCGCGCCUCGCCGCGGCGGGACCGGUGGCGGGAGGCGGAGCAGGAUCAGGAGGAGGAGGAGGAGGAGCAGGAGGGUUAGGAGGAGGCCCUUGGGGAGUGGAAGCCUCGGACCGAACGGAGGCCUCCGAGAAGGACCUCGCGGGAAAGGGAGACGCUGCCGUGGCGAGGGCGGCGAAGGGCGGGCCGCUCGAGUGCCCUUGGUGCCAGAAGGUGCUGUCGAAGCCCUCCAACCUGAAGGUGCACAUCCGGCGCCACACGGGGGAGAAGCCCUACCACUGCCUCUUCUGCCCCUACAGCGCGGCGCAGAAGGUGCAGGUCAUAAACCACAUGAACGCGAGGCACCACCAGACGUCGGCCAAUUCCUUUUUUUAGAUUAUAAGGCCCUCUGGGAAGUGCUCGUGCCCAGCGGCGUGUCUGUGCCCCACCACCACCACCACCACCAGCAGGCCUACCCGAAGCACCAGCUGGUUCGCAAGUACAAGUGCCCUUACUGCGGCAUCGCCAUGAACCACAGGAACAACAUGAGGAAGCACAUCCGGAUCCAUACCGGGGAGAAGCCCUACUUCUGCAAGCUGUGCGACUACCGUGCCCCGAGGAAGGACAUGGUCGAGAAGCACGUGUUCAUCAAGCACCCGGGACAAGAACCCAGCGUGGUGGCUUGCGAGACGCAGUUCUUGGUGUAG